AUGUCUGCAAACGAAUUCUACUCCUCUGGCCAACAAGGCGAGAGAACUGGCAACUACCAACAAAACUACCAACAAACUACCCAAUCUACUGGCGCCGAACAGCAACAAGGUGAGGCGGGUGAAAGAGGCCUUUUAACUGAUCUUGCUGGUGGAGCUGCUGGCGCAUACGGCGGUGGAAAGCUUGCUGGCAACCACUCAACUCUUGGUAAGAUCGUGGGUGGCAUUGCUGGUGCUGUUGCAGCCCACAAAAUCUCGAAUAAAAUCGAAGAGAAACACCACCAUGGUCAAAGCGUCUUUGGCGGCCAUCACAAUGGUGGCGGCUACGGAUAUGGUGGACCAGGCGGACCAGGUGGACCACGUGAAGGACCAGGUGGUCACCAUGGCGGUCCCGGCGGUCAUCAUGGCGGUCCCGGCGGUCAUCAUGGCGGUCCCGGUGGUCAUCAUGGCGGUCCAGGAGGCCCAGGAGGUCCAGGAGGUCCAGGAGGUCCAGGGGGCAGAUGGUAA